UGCUUUUCGGUCCUUAGACCAACCGGAAGUCACGUUUGUUUCAAGAAAUGCUUCUAAAAAUUUCAUAAAAGCACCUUGAAGAAGAAAACAACGUUCCCUUAUUGUUAUUACUGUUAACAGCGUGUUUUUUUAUGUGAUCUCGUUUACAAAUAAAAGAUACAACACAAGAUUAGAAAAGCAUGCCGGCUGUUCCUAGUGGAUAUGGGCAAACAGGGCCAAGAUGUUUUGAUAAAAUGAAAAUGGGAUUCACAAUGGGAUUUUGUGUUGGUUUAGCGUCUGGUGCACUCUUUGGAGGAUUUUCUGCUUUAAGGAUGGGAUUACGAGGAAGAGAAUUAAUACAGACUGUUGGUAAAACCAUGGUGCAAGGUGGUGGUACAUUUGGUGUGUUCAUGAGUAUAGGAACAGGAAUACGAUGCUGACAGAGUGAUAAUAAACACCAUCUAUUGACAUAAAACUCAGUGCCAGUUACUGUAGCCGAAAAUUAUAAUCAUGUUCACUUAAAGAAAAUUUGUUUUGUAAUUAAAGGUUGAUAUUAUAUAGGUUA